AUGUCAGAUAAAAAAGACAAUAAAAAGCUUUCAUGCUAUGCUUGUGGGGUUGAACUUGAAGAGGAUCAUAUAGGAAUAAAAUGUCCUCAAGACCAUAACCUCUGCGCGGAUUGCACACAAGGGUAUGUGGAAAGCAUUUUUGAAGACUACCAAGCAAACCUUCCCCCAAAGUGCCCGAUGUGCAAUGUUGAAAUUCCAGCUUUAAAUUUUGAGCGUCAGCUUUCUCCUGCUUUGCUUACGACCUACCAAUUUUAUGUUACUUCUACAAAAAUUGCGGAAGACGAAACAAUGAGAUGGUGCCCCAAGUGCAAUUAUUUCGAAAUAUGGGCUAAAUCAUCAACAGCUACCCUGUUUUACUGCAGAAAUCCCUCAUGUGAAGAUGUUACAUGCAUUUUUUGUGAUAAAAAUGUCAAGCUACCAGACUAUGAAGAAUUUGCUAAUAAAGCCUUUUAUGAUUAUUUAGGAGAACAAGCAGCUGAAGAAGAAUAUGAAAAGAUGCUUGAAGAUGGGUUCUUUUAUCAUCAAGUUUGUGCUGAGUUGUAUCCUUUGAAGAAAAAAAUUGACAAUGCCAUUGAAGAAGGAGAAAAAAGACGCUGCCCGCAAUGCGGACUUUCAGGAAGGAAAGAUGAGUACUGUACCCAUAUGACUUGCUCAGUUUGCCAGACUAAAUGGUGCUAUUUUUGUGGGAAAAAAGAAGCAGACUGUGAUAAAGAUUAUACAGGAAAUGAUAUAUACGCCCAUAACAUUGAAUGGAUCAGAAAUGAAAAAAGAUGCCCGAUGUACUUCAACCAAAUCCAAGAACUUGAUGCUAGAUGGCCAGAAGAUGAUGAAGAUUGUUUAAAUCGCUUUCACAGGCUCUUGACAUUGAAAUCUCUAAAGCAAGCAUUAGAUGAGAUUGGAUUGCAGAACUAUUAA